GGGCGGGGGGGAAAUGGCGGCAGCGGUGCUGUCGGCGCCGGAGGGCGGCUCCACCGUGAUGCCGUCGGGCAACGUGUCGGCUUGUCCUCCACCACCCGGAGGUUCUACCGGUCCCGGUUCGUGGAGCCGUUCUUUAGACCGAGCUUUAGAAGAAGCGGCGGCCAGCGGUACCCUCAGUUUGAGCGGCAGGAAGCUCCGGGACUACCCGCGGGCGAGCGCCGCCAACCACGACCUCAGCGACACCACCCAAGCCGAUUUGUCACGGAACAGACUGUCAGAGCUCCCAGCAGAAGCAUGUCACUUUGUUUCCCUCGAGAGUCUUAAUUUGUACCAGAACUGCAUUCGAUACAUCCCAGAGGCUGUUUUGAACUUACAGUCUUUAACGUUUCUGAAUAUCAGUCGAAAUCAGCUGUCAACAUUGCCAGUACACCUCUGCAGUCUACCACUAAAGGUUUUGAUAGCGAGUAAUAAUAAGUUGGUUUCAAUACCUGAAGAAAUUGGGCAGCUCAGACAGCUGACAGAGCUUGAUGUGAGCUGUAAUGAAAUACAGACAAUACCUCCACAGAUUGGCAAUUUGGAAUCAUUGAGGGACCUAAAUGUCAGAAGAAAUAAUUUGGUGCAUUUACCUGAAGAGCUUGCUGAGUUGCCUUUGAUUCGAUUAGAUUUCUCCUGCAAUAAAAUAACAACGAUACCAGUUUGUUAUAGAAACCUCAGACAUCUGCAGUCCAUCAUGUUAGAGAACAACCCUCUCCAGUCACCCCCUGCACAGAUCUGUAUAAAAGGAAAAAUUCACAUAUUUAAAUACCUGAACAUAGAAGCAUGCAAGAUAGCUCCAGACUUGCCUGACUACGAUAGGAGACCCAUGGGAUUUGGAUCUUGCCAUGAGGAACUCUAUUCCAGCCGGCCGUACGGAGCUCUUGAUUCUGGCUUCAAUAGUGUCGACAGUGGAGACAAAAGAUGGUCAGGGAAUGAACCAACAGAUGAGUUCUCAGAUCUCCCUUUACGUGUGGCAGAGAUCACUAAAGAACAGAGACUGCGAAGAGAAAGUCAGUAUCAAGAAAACCGAGGGAGCACAGUCUUAACUAAUGGUGGAGUGGAACAUGAUCUCGAUCAGAUCGACUAUAUUGACAGCUGUGCCACAGAAGAGGAGGAGGAAGAGGUGAGGCAACCCAAGUGCAUGGACGCAGACAGCCUCAGCUCACAAUUCAUGGCAUAUAUUGACCAGCGGCGAAUCUCUAAUGAGGGCUCACCAGGAAAGCCUGUCUCCGUCAGAGAAUUUCAGAGAACAGAGGAUACAAGACGAUAUUUACAUCAAAACAGGGAUACUGAUGAAUUACGAAGACCUGAAACUCUAAAUUUGAUGCAGGACAGAGAGCAUCACCAAGUACUAAGGAGUUAUGUGGACAGGACAGAGAGACCCCCGGCUGAUUCGCCUUACUUUCUCUCGUUGUCAAGUCACCACAGCCAGGUGACUAACACAGACCCCGAGCAGCACCGCAGGCACAUAGAGCGUACGCGCCGGGAGGCCCAGCUGGCAGCGCUUCAGUACGAGGAGGAGAGGAUGAGAACUAAGCAGAUCCAGAGAGAAGCUGUCCUUGACUUCGUUAAGCAAAAAGCAUCCUUAAGUCCUCAGAAGCAAAGUCCUCUGGAUAGUGAGUGUCCCUUUCCAUCCAGAAGGUCUCAGCAUACUGAUGAUAGUGCCUUGUUAGUGAAUGGCUUUGAGCCUCUCUUUGUGUUUGAGAUUGACAAUAACACCAAUACCAUUAAACGAAGGCCAGGGACUCGCAAACAGUCAUUCUCAGGGCUGAGUCAAGAAAGCUGUGCCACUGCCCUGCCUAAUGCCUCUGCCUUCACUCCUGUCAAGAGUGAUGACAGAUCUACCAUCUCCCCCGGCUCACCUAACACUCAGACAGUCCACCUUUCCCCUCCAUAUCCUGGUCAUGCAGCCCCGCCUUCCUAUAGAAACCCUUCCCAGCGACCUGAGAGUUUCCUUUUCCGAGCAGCUGUCAGGGAUGAAGCAAACAAAGUUGUUACUUCAUCUUCUGCCCGUGCCUUGUCUCCUGCUAAUGAUUCUGCAGACCCCAGAGUAAGACAGAACUCCAAACAGCGAGAGGAGGAGCUGGAGCUCAUAGAGCAGCUACGUAAGAAUAUAGAAUCACGGUUGAAAGUGUCUUUGCCCAGUGAUCUCGGAGCAGCUCUCACCGACGGUGUUGUUCUGUGCCAUUUAGCUAAUCACGUGCGUCCCCGAUCUGUUCCCAGCAUCCAUGUCCCCUCACCUGCUGUUCCUAAACUUACAAUGGCGAAAUGCAGAAGAAACGUGGAGAAUUUCUUGGAAGCCUGCAGGAGGAUCGGAGUGCCUCAGGAGCAAUUAUGUUUGCCUCUACAUAUUUUAGAAGAGAAGGGUUUGACACAGGUAGCUGUGACUGUCCAGGCGCUCCUGGAGCUGGCACCCCCAAAGCAGCAGCAGCUUCACCACUUGUCUGCUGUGUAGAGACCUGCGGGACCUUUUGGGUUACCUUGGCUAAGCAGAAGGACGUGAAGACCUUGCUGCCCGUGCAGUGCAUCCAAACACACAGAGCUCUGUUCUAAGGAAAUGAGUUUCCGUGAUUCCUGACAGGAAUGUUUUACUUCGUUGCUCCAUUUUUUUUGGAGAUCGCAACAGUUUCCAGUAACAUUUUUAUUAUCAGUAUUUUUGCCCCUUAUUUAAAAAAAAAAAUAAAAAUAAAUAGAGUUCAUUGGGAGGAGGGCAGGGAAUUCCAGUGGCUGCCUGUCGGAGCCAGCUCUAGAAACUGAACUUGUGGACCGAAGAUUUGGGUGUAGAGUUGGGAGAGCGAUUCCACGGGGAAUUCGUUUGUGAAAACAUUGGGCACAUGGGAAAUGAAAUUUCUUUCCUUCCCCCCAGGGUUCAAAGAAAGGGAAAUUUCUUUGCCUCCAAAGAGCAACAGCUAUUUCUAUUAUAUAUUUAAAAACUUGCAACACACAAUCUUAACCUGCAGCGUCUGGUAACAGGGUCCAAACUCACGCAGCUGUAACUUGUGUUGGUGUGUUCUCAGUACUUAGUAUUUGAAGGGAAAAAGGAUAAUUUUCUUUUCCCCAAGGGAAAAAAAACCCUGCAUGUUUUCUCCACAAGAAACAGCUUAGUAAAAGAUACUAAAGCAGAACUGUUCAAUUUGUAUUAAUCACAUUAGGAUUCUUAUUGGGUUCACUUUUGGGGGGGAUUUUCACAUGUCUUUAUCUGAACAUUUUUCCAGCAUCAGUGAGGGGCCAUCUCCUGCCUCCUCUCGCCUCCCCCUCUGUAGGGAUGCCUUUGGUCACUUGGUUUUUUCAAAUGGUGACCAGUGUCAUCAAGAACCGUGUAUGUAUUUUACUGUGGCGUGAAGAAUCACAGCCUGCCACGCUGAUCAUUGGAAACCCAUUCUCGAAUAAUAUGUUUAUUAGGGGCUGAAGUGUCCCGAGCAGACGUGCCGACACUUGUCGGAAUGUCCCGGCCACUGAGAAAUUUACCACUUAACGAAUGCAAUUACUGAAUUUCCCCGGGUGGGCUGCACGUUCCCGCAGCAGCAGUCUCUUGCAAAAGGGUGGCUUCCAUUUGUGGGCUUAACAAGGCUUUGAUACAUAGAGCCUUUUAGCAUUGGAGUUCAUAUAGAGAUGCACUGGUUUUACAGAACUGCCGUGGCUUGCUUCCUCUUCCCUUACCAUAAAGAUGGAAAUUCAAUACACAGGAAUGGGAGAGGCAGCCAACAAGUCUUGUGCUUUGCUGGGAAGUUGACCUGCCAGAGGAAGAGGAGCUCUGUGCGUGCUGGUCCCAGUGAUGAGGCCAAGCUCACUACCAGAUUGGGUACAAUAAUUUUUUAUUUAUUUUUCCCCCAAAAGCCCUUGCGAAGUCCAGUUCUCCACCCGGGCAGUUCCCUUGUUAUGUAUUGACCAUUUUAAAGCAUCCCAGAACAUUGUGCCACUGAUACUGAGGGUGCACGAGGUCUGAGGCCAACCUCGGGGAUCGGAGAUACUGCAUCUGGGGGCGUGUUUGGAGCAGAACACACCAGGAGGAUUUCAUGGGGAUAAAGGAGGGAGAAGAAACGGGGAGAGGUGAGCUAGAAGUCAUUUUUGCUGAAUUAAAGCUGCCAUGGGAACACCAGCAAGGACUGCUCUUAGUUACAUUUUUCCCCUUUUGAUUUGCGGUUUUGUUUCCACUCUGUUUUGCUUCAUGUAUUUCUGUCAAGGUCCGUUGUGGUGAUUGUUGAAUCCCUUGUUUCACAUAAUUAUUCCAAGUGCUGCUUAUUGGCACUGGCUAAUUGCAUUGCAAGUGGAGGGAAAAAAAAAAGCAACACCUGAAGGGUAUUUAAAAGCUGCAAAGAGAGACCUUUUCCUACCGGGUGAGUGUGUUGCCCCGAGCCCUGUGAGAAAUGGAAGUGCUGUUAAUGGCGAUACACGUAGGAAGGGAGCAGCUCCUCACGGACUUACUUUCCUCCUUAAGCACCUCCUGUGCUUCCCUUAAUUUCUCUUGCAAGGGGUGUGGGUCAUUACAGGAUUUCAUACAGGUGUCUGCACACUCGCAGCCAACAGGACAGACCACGGGUGUUUCUUCCCUGUUUGUCUCUGCACAUCAUUUGAAAGAGGGGGGCCACAGAUUUCAUCUUCGUUUCCAACAUUAGGUCACUUGCAUUGUUACAGGGGCACCUUCUUUUUUUAAUAGGGCACCCUUUUUGGACUAUUUAAAAAUAUUCCCAUUUUAAGAAAACCGUUCCCUUCAUGGAAUUGUGAGGGUGUGCUGUUCCCUCCAGCCCAGCUUCCAGCACUUGGGGAAGAUGAACCUUACCAGUGUUCAGGUUGGUGGAAGUUUGACUAAUUUCAUUCAUACCAGUUUUUUAGGAAUUAAUGUGGUGGGGGCUUGAGCCUGAACUGCCAGAAAUGGCCGUUUCCUGUCGGUGCCUGGUUCUGGGUGAGCUCCUGCGGGGCUGGGCAGGCGUCAUCUCCCGCGGUCACUUACUGUGUCCUGAGCAAUGGUUCACUCUGGCAGUUUCCAGUGUCUGUUGUCGUGUCAGUUUGACAUUUAUAAUCCUGCAUUUUCAUGCUGGCAAACACUAAAUGGCGAGCAGGUGCCUAGGGCAGCAAUCCAAACCUGAAGUUUCACCAUAGGGUUUAUUUAAUGUAUUAUACCAAAACCAGCUGCAGUUCUGUUUUGUAAAAUGGGUUGGGAUUUCUGGGUGUAUUCAUGUGCAAUUUUUGUCGUAUCCCAUGAAAAGAAUAUUUAAGAAAAAAAGUAAAAAAAAAAAAAAAUUCUAUUUUGUGUGUUAAAGCAAAGAGGCGAUUGUCUUUCCUCUCUGGGGCAUUUGCGUGGGAGGGUGCGGGAGGAAUCCCAGUGUUUGUUCUACACUGACUCCCUGUGUCACCACCUGUGGAGCACUGAGCAGGGUUUGAGGCUCAGCGAGGUGACACGCUUGCCAUGGAGUGACACGGGUGCCUGGGAGUCCCUGGUGGCAUCACCUGGUCGGGGCUAAAACAGCCAGGUUUGGGUCUUCCCCCUUGUGAAGGGGGAGAUUUUCAUAAAGGCCCCGACCUCGGCGACCCGCCUAAAAUAAAUCAGAGAGAACUUUUUACAGCAGCUGAGAACACCUCUGGGUGUGACACAAUGGCAAAUGGGAUUUUUACCCUUUUACAGCUAUAAAUGGUUCUUUGGGGAAAAAAAAAAAAAGUUUUAGAAACAGAGGACUUUAAGGGUGAAUUUGGACAUCUGAAAAAUUCUUUUGUAUAGAUAUUGUGGUGUUUUACAAAGCGAUCUAAUUUUGUUAUUUCUGAAAGGCGUGUAAACGUGUAAUUAAUAGAGAAAAGGAUUUUAAAGCUUCAUCCCAUGCUGUAUGUCUGUAAAUACAUUCCAUAAUUUCUAAGUCUGUUACAUAUAAAUGUGUCUGAAUAUUGUAUACUUUAUUUGAAAUUGCCUGUAUUCUGCCAGUAGCGUGAACUUCCCAGCACAUUGAUAAUAUAAAAAGAAACUGUGGGUAAUUUGAAAUAAAGUUUUAAAACUUACAUGAA